AUGGAGGGACAAGCGAGCCCUGAGCUGAAACUCCAAGGCGACGUCGACGUACCUGCCCGGUAUGUCAUGCCGCAGAAGGACCGCCCGUCCGCUGCCGCAGGUGUUGCGCCUAUCCCCGUCAUCGACCUCGGCCGCCUAUCCAGGCCUGACACAGAUGGUGGUGCCGUCGAGGAGGCAGCGAAACUCCGGUGGGCGCUCGAGACCUGGGGCUUCUUCAUGAUUACUAACCAUGCUAUCGACGCCUCUCUUAUGGAUGCGAUGAUGAAUGCAUCCAAGGAGUUCUUUGGGCAGCCUACUGAAGAGAAGCAAAAAUACAACAACAUAAUUGAUGGCAAGCGUUUUCGUCUUGAAGGGUACAGAAGUGAGCUGCUGCAAUCUGAAGGCCAGACCCUCGAUUGGUCCUGCCGUUUAUCUCUGCAAGUAGAACCGGAAGAGGAGAGAAGUUUCCACCUUUGGCCCAAGUAUCCCAAAUCUUUGAUGCAAGUAAUCUAGUUCUCAGUAGCUCACUAAUAAGUAGAAGGAAAUAAAACCACUAUUAUCUAAUCAUCCAGAUAGCUAAAUAAUAAGACUGUUGAAUACUAACUCAAGUUAUAUUCAUAUCUAAUUAUCUGGCUUGGCAUCAUGAAUACUAACUCAAGUUAUAUUCCAACUAAAAAAGUGGAACGGGACAGCUAUUAUGUACCAUGAUUUAUGUUUUAAUCUCAACCAUUGAUUAUUAGAUCUAACGUCCGAAUUAAUUUGAAUGAUGUGGAUUGAUGAGUAGCUUAGUAUGGAGCCUCAUAUUAGUAUGGAGUAUAUAUAAAGAUGUG